AUGACGCUUCUCCGUUUUGUGAGCCUCGUGCUGGUGUCCUCAGCAUUGAAGUUCACCGUGGACUCCGACUCAACGCCUACAUGCAAGGGCACUUUGACGCAAACAGACGUUGACUGCGAGAGUCAGACAAAGGAGGAGUGUGACAACCACUAUACCGCAUCGGCACCGAACGGGAAGACAUAUGUCCAGUGUGGAUGGACCGGCGCCCAGUGCCUGAGCUCCGGUCCCCAGUGCAAGGAGAAGACCGACCCGUGGAAGUCCCUGCCAACCUUGGACGCAGCGGUCGAGGCAAAGGUGUCCUGGGUGGACACUCCCGGUUUGAAGCUUAAGAGCGUUGCGAACACGCAGGGCCUGGCUGCCUUGGGUGAGAGCAAAGCCAUGGCAUGCGGCAUGAACGGCCACCACCCCUCUUGGUCCAACUGGAUGUGCCUCGUGCUUCAGGUCAACGCGGACAACAGCAUCACGCGUGGGGAGGUCUUCGACACCGGCCUGCCCAAGAGUCUUGGCAGCCCCUAUUUGGAGGGGAUUUCCGAGGACCGUGCCCUCUACUGUGGAAAACUAGGCAGUUUCAUCAAGUGCCAGCUCUUGGCCGCCGAAGGUCUCAAGCUAAAGAAGGUUGGGGACACGUUUCAGGUGCCGCACCCAGACGUGCGGAUCACUCUCGAAGUGACGGUGCAGAAGCUGCAGGACGGAAAGGCCUUGGUCUGUCAGAAUGAGGAUCACGGUUGGGCGAAGGACCACCACAUAUCCUGCACUGUCCUCACCGACAAGGGUGACAGCCUGGUUGCAGGGCCACUCCACACGCUGGUGAGGGGCAUGCCGAAUGCUUACGGAAAAGCUGCCAUGGCCCGUCGUGACUCGUCCAGUCUCGUCAUGUGUCACAACAUGAACCAAAAAGACAAGAACGUGACUUGCGGCAUGGUCUCAGUCAAGGGCGAUGAGGUGGGUUGGGCUGGCGCCACAGUCGACAUGGACCAGGGUGACGGCGGGGGCGGCAUGGCGACCGUGGAAGUCCUGACUCCAGACCUUGCCAUUUACUGCUGGACGCGCGGAAACAACAAGCCGUGCUUCCACCUUGCCAUUACAGCCACCUCGAUCUCCAAAGUCACUGGAGGGGAGUUCACGAUGCCAAGGAAGAGUGGCCAUAACUACUGGCAGGACGGACGUAUGGCCAGGAUGUGGAGCGACCGCUUCUUGUACUGCUUCCAGAAUGGAAGAUGGGAUUUCUGGGAGUGGGGCAACCCGUUAUGCAUGGUCGUCAAGACCGAUGGCAAGACGGCCAGUCUCCCGGAGCCAACCCAUCCCAACGGAGGCAAUGACAAGCAACCCAAGGCGACUGUGCCAGCAGUGGUCACCCUGGCUCCAGGCCGAGCCAUGAUGUGCGCUGAAGAUAAGGAUUGCCACAAUCCUCCCAUGGGUGGAUGCGCGGUAUUCUAUUUGCCCAAUUGA